GCGACGGUCACUCGCCCGCCCCCGACCUCCCGACCCCCUCGCCUCUCGAACGCACGAGGGAACAGACGCCGGCGUGUGCAGAGCCAUGGGUAACUGCCAGGCGGCCGACGCGGCGGCGGUGGUGAUCCAGCACCCGGCCAGCGGCCGCACGGAGCUGGCCUACUGGUCGCUCCCGGCGGGCGAGGUCAUGGCCGCCAACCCGGGCCACUACGUCGCCGCCGUCAUCACCGCCCCGCACGCCGCGUCUUCCGAGGGCCCCGGCGGCGCCCCGCCCGUGAAGCACCUCAAGCUGCUCCGCCCCGACGACACGCUCCUGCUCGGCCGCGUCUACCGCCUCGUCAGCUUCGAAGAGGUGCUGAAGGAGUUCGCGACGAAGCGGCACGUCAAGCUCAGCCGCGUCAUGGUCAAGGCCAAGGACGAGGUGGCGGCGCCCACGAAGCCGGCCAAGCCCAGGCGCCGGCGUGGCAGCAGCGGCGGCGGCGGCGCCGACGCCGGCGUCGUGCGCGAGGAAUCCGACCGGUCGCUCGCAAAGAUCAUGCGCCAGUCGGUGGAGGAGGAAGAGGCCGCGGCCGCACCGAGCUCCGGGCGCGUACCGAAGGCAGGAACAAACGACAACAAUGGCGUCGCGGCGUCCGAGCCCGGCCUCGACGACGACGACGACGACUGCGACCUGGAGUCGCUGCUGCCGCCCGGGCUGGCGCUCGGCAGGCGGCUCGGCCGGCAGUGGCGGCCGGCCCUGCAGAGCAUCGCGGAAGGGCGAGACUGAAGCGGAGUAGUACACGGCCGGAUCAGACGCACGGCUCCGUCUCUCUCUGUGUGUAUGUAUGUGUAAAAUGUUGCGUGGCUGCGGCUCCAGAUGGAUGCCUAGUGGUAGUAGUAGCAACUGUGCAAGUAUGGGUCACUGGGUGUAAAAGUGUGUAACGUGACGGAUG